AUGACCGUCUUAAGCACACUUUGGGUGGACGAUGGGUACAUGCAAUAUGCCCUCCUCCUUGCUAUUGCAGGCGUAGUGUUCAUAAAUUUGAAAUCAUUACCUUUUGUUUGGCACUUGCGAGUGAUCAAAGGUCUCUUUACCCAAUUCCUCGGAGCUCGACUAUCUCCCCGUCAAAUCAAUAGAAAUGGAUUACUUGUCGACGAUCGAUCCGGCGGAAUACCUCUCAUCUUCUCGUACAUGGUGUCCUCGCACCAGAACGCUCUCAUGGAAUGCGAUUACAACAUGCACAAGUCGAAUAGUACUUUCUUCUCCGACAUGGACAUCAACCGCGCUCAACUGCUCUUGAACCUGUUCCCUCGUCUGCCACGCUGGGCACCUGAGAUCGGGACGGAUACACCGAAAUCGAAGAAGGCCGAAAGAAUCGUUAGCGUUGCACUCGGUGGAACAUCUUGUGUCUUCAAACGCGAGAUCAAGCCACUGCAGCGGUACGAGGUCUGGUCGCGAGUGCUGACCUGGGACGCGAAAUGGCUGGUUCUGGUGACCUAUUUUGUCAAGGCUGGAACCCAUAAAAAUGUGAUGCGGAGCUUGCAAAAGGGAGAGGAGAACAAGGACGGAUCGGAAGCUCAGAAGGCAAUACUUGCUGUCGGUGUAAGUCGAUAUGUGUUCAAGGAUGGACGGCGGACGGCGCCGCCGGAGGAGGUUCUCCAGCACAUGGGUCUGUAUCCUUCCAGCUUUACGGGGAAAGACAACCAUGAUAUCUACGCCAGCUUAAGACAGCCGGGGUCAGAUGUGGUUGGUUUCUUUGGUUCAUUGGACUCGCUGCCCUCGCACUUUGGCAAUACAACUUCUUCGAUCCUUGGACACUACAGUGACUUAUAG